GUUCGGGUUUGUUGUUGGUGAUGAUGACAUGAAAAUAUUUGUUGUUACUGGAAGGCGAGCGAGGAGUGAGUGUGAAGGAAGGGCCUGGCAGGGACGCUCGCUUUCAACGAACAUACACACACCUCGUUCGGAGAUUGCCGUUCACGGGAGUCGCGGAGGAGCGAACAGCGGCGAUGUCGGUGAAUAUGGACGAACUGAGACAUCAAGUGAUGAUAAACCAGUUUGUUUUGACUGCGGGCUGCGCGGCGGAUCAAGCGAAGCAGCUUCUGCAGGCGGCGCAUUGGCAGUUCGAGACGGCUCUGAGCUCCUUUUUCCAGGAGGCCAACAUCCCCAGUCAUCACCAGAUGAUGUGCACUCCACGCAACACUCCCGCCACGCCGCCCAACUUCCCCGACGCCAUCACUAUGUUCUCCAAGCUGCGGACGUCUGAAUGCGCGGGCGGCAACGGAGCGGGCUCUUCGGCCCAGGUGUCUAUGGCGUGUUCUCCUCCUCCCCACUCCUCCGCACAGGGAUUCGGCUCAUUCUGGGCCUCCUCGCCCCCCAACCACCAGCCCGUUUGGCUGCCGCCGUCCUCUCCCACAGGCCACCACGCGCUCCAUCACCACCACCAUCACAUGCACCAGCCGCCCACGUGGCCGCCCGUCUCCCAGCCCGCCAACGGCCAGCAGACGCCCGUCAUUUCAGCCCUGCACGGCCAGAGAUGAGACUCUGCGGCGGGGGGGGGGGGGACGCGGGGCGGGCCGGAGGUGUAAAUUGGGGCGAGGAUACACGGUUUAACGGGGCGGGAAUAUACUCACUGAGACUUUGGAUGGCCAAGGGGGAAAGACGUGGUACUCUUUCUUUCUGUUUUCUAAAGAUGAACAAUCUCUCUUCUUUUGGAGAUCUCGUUUUGUUCUUUUGCCUAUUGUCGAUUUCAUUUCUAUCCAAACCUGGGAAGAACCACUAUGAGGAAAGAAAAAAAAUUAUGGAAGAGGUGUCCCAAAGAAGCCUCUUUUAUUUCGCUAUCCAAAAGCGAAAGAGCCACGGAGUCGUCAGCUGUGGACGAUCAAGACGAAUUCGCCGUAUUCGGACUCUCCUCCUCUGUAGCGCUGUGUCGGCAACAAGCACUCGCAAUAAAACGGCUGACAACAAUAAGACUGAAUCACAUAUCAUGGUGGUCGUGCCGUUCUGCAUCCCAGGAGGCAUCAGGAAGACAUUUCUGUAUAACUAGUGUCUAUUGAGUUUCUUAACAGAGGCUGAGAUGAUUAAUCACCUUCAUUUGUUCGUAUGGCCUCAGAUAUAACUGAGAUACUGAGCUUUAUUCAGAAUCAACAAAAACUAUUGGUCCAGAUAGAAAUCAGGAAGAGUUUGCAAUAAUCCUGGUCAGAAAGUUUAUUCUUGUUUGGUAAAUUCCCAACGUUAAGCAUGCACGCGGUUGAAUCAGGAGAGCCUGUUGUGUUUAAACUAAAGUCGUCAUGGAGGAAUACAGACUUGAGCUUAAAAUGUUUUUGUUUGUUUUUCCCACCCUAAGAACUAAAAAUACUAGCAGUCUCUUGUGAAGACGUGAGCGGUCUGAUGUUUGGAGGCCCAGCGCAGCCGGCGUAGUAAAGCUCAGCUCCACCUACCUCAGCUCCAGCCGUGGCCUGAUCUUACCUCCGGACGGCUGAAUGGGCUCUCUGUGCGAGCUGCUGCGACCGAGGGCUCAAAUACCUCACGCUCUCUGCCGAACGCGCUGUGCGAAAGCGAUCAGACUUGGCUUGGACGAGGGGCUGAUCUGGUAUCACAUAUUGGCGUUUGUGUCGUACUGAUUGUAAUGUAACCGAGCGGGAAGGCUGACCCCAGAUCAGGACGUUGAUUGGCGGUGGUUUUCUGAGAUGACGUGUUUGUUUAAUUUCGCAUGAUGUCACCUUCACUUCAUUCGUUCAUCUUAGACAAUCACUUUUGCCGUCUCGCGGUUUGGGUUCGUGGUUUAGCGUGGACCUCAGUCAGGCUUGACGCCAUAUUUAAUGUGAAGCGACUGGAAACAAGGCUGUGAGGAGAUAAAUGUACAGUCUCGAGUUUAAUGUCAAAACUUGAUGAAACGUGAAAUAUGGCUAAAAAAAAAUACUUUUUCUUUUUUUAUUCAGUAUUUCAAUCAACAAAAUUUGUUCUUCUUGAUUCACACUGUAGUUUAUUUGCAGAAAAAGAAACACUCUUGCAUAAUUGAUCUUUUAAUUCAGUGUCAGUUUAUGUACAAAUUGAUUUAUGAAUAAAGUACGCAAGAAUUUGCUCCGUUGUUUCACACCAAUAAAUGGUUCGUAAAAGCAAUCUUUUGGAAAAUGCUUAAAUUGUCAUGUACAGAUAACAAAAAAGAAGCAAAAUGAAUUUGUGCACAUAAAUCAAUUCUCUGUUAAAUUCUACUGAUGAACUUAAAUGCAUAGAAAACAGUUGCAAACUAUUUACUAUGUAAACUUGAACUAUUUGCCUAAAUUUAUUCUGUUCCUGCUGAAGUUUACUGGUAUGAUUUAAUCGUAACUGAAUUAACAAACUGUCUUUUCUCAGAUAAAUCGUUGAGUUCGAUUUAAGCGCACAGAAUGAAUUUGCGAAUGUUUGUAAAACCAGUCUUUCGGAAAUUUCGGAAGCCUAAAUGCAAGCAGAAUAAAUUUGUAAAUCCAUUAAAUUGUACCAUUGUACCUCAACACUAAGAAACCAAAUUUGUUUUACAAACUAUAUAACCUAAUUCGUUCUUUUUGCGUAUAUUUCACUGUUUUUUUUUUUUUUUGAUUAAUCGUCACAUUCAGUUUACGCACAAACAGAAUGAAUUUGCAGAUGUUUCUAAAACCACACGUUUGCUAAAUUUCAUACAACUUACAACACGAGCAGACCGAAUUUGUGUGCAUAAUUUGUAAAUCGAAUCAGUUAAAUUGUACUGUUGAACUUAAACACUAAAAAUUUUACAAACUAUUUAUGCAAAUUAAGUUUAACCACGACUGGAUUUACAAAGUAUUUGUACACUCUGAUAAAUCGGUGCUUUCAAUUUAAGCACAUACAGAGUGAGUUUGCGAAUGUUUAUAAAAUCAAUCUUUCGUAAAUUUUCAUACAACUUAAACUCAAGCAGAACGAAUUUGUGUAUGGAAUUUGUAAAUCUUUUCUGUUAAAUUGUACUGUUGAACUUAAACGCUAAGAAAUUUUUUUUUACAAACUAUUUACACAAAUUCGCACUACUUGCAUUAAAUUGAGACUGGAUUUACAAACUAUUUAUACAUUCUCCGAUAAAUCGUUGCAUCCAGUUUAAGUGCAGACGGAAAGAAUUUGCAAAUGUUUAUAAAACCAACUUUUUGUACACUAUGCAACAUAAACACAAACAAAUUUGUGAUACAUGAUUUGUAAAUCCUUUCUGUUAGAUUGUACGGUUGAACUUAAAUGCUAAGAAAACAAAUUUUGUUUUACGAACCAUUUACCCAAAUUCGUUCUGCUUGCGUUUAAGUUUAUUUAAUCGCGACUAGAUUUACAAAGCAUUUGUACGUGCUUGGAUAAAUCGUUGCGUUUAUUUUAAGCACAUACAGAUUGAAUUUGCGAAUGUUUAUAAAACCAAUCUUUUGUAAAUUUUCUUGAAAGCAAAAUGAAUUUGUGUGCAUAAUUUGUAAAUCCAUUCUGUUAAACUGUACCGUUGAACUUAAACCCUAAGAAAACAAAUUUUGUUUUACAAACUAUUUGCCCAAGUUCGCUGCUCUUGUGUUUAAGGUAAUUUAAUUGCGACUGGAUUUACAAACUUUUAAUAUGUUUUCUGAUAAAUCAUCACAUUCAGUUUAAUUGCAUGCAGAACAAAUUUGCGAAUGUUUAUAAAACCAAUCUUUUGUUAAUUUUCAUAACCUAAACGCAACCUGAAUGAAUUAGUGUACAUAACUUGUUAAUCCAUUCUGUUAAAUUGUAUCAACGCAAACACUAAGAAAACAAAUUUUGUUUUACGAACAGUUUCCCAAAUUUGUUCUCCUUGCAUUUAUUUAAUCGUGACUGGACAUGCAAAGUAUUUGUACGUUCUCUGAUAAAUUCAGUUUAAGCACGUACAGAAUACAUUUGCAAAUGUUCAUAAAAUCAAUCAAAAUUGUAGACAUUUUACGCCAGAAUGCUUUUGCAAACAGUUUACGUGCAUUUGAUCGUCUCCUUUUUUGCUAAAUGAGCUUUCUUCAGUUGCACCAACCUAAAUAUGGUGUCUAAUUCUACCUCUGGUCCAUUUUAAGCAUUAGCCAUUUUGAUUUAAUCAUAGACGGCUACGUGAUAGAUCAGCUUCUGUGUUUUGGCCCAGAAAAUGCAUGCGAAAUGCGAAAAGUACUCUCGGUUUUGGAAAACGUCACUAGAACGUAAUCGUUUGGUCUUCCGCCGCAUCUGGUGGCUGUUGUUUGCUGUGUAGAAAGAAGCCUAGCAUGUCAGUCUCCAAAGGUUACAAAUAAGUGUUUGGUAGCCAUCUGGGCAGUAGGUCAUUUCCUGCAAGGAUGAUUUCGGUUAAAGAGAUGGCGGUGGCUCUGACGUCAGCGUCUGGAGUUUGUCUGAUCAGUGCCUUGAGGUUUGAAACGUCUCCAUUUUAUUCAGCUGUCGCUCUGUUGGAUUCCCAUAGCAACAGGGCCAAUACUCUCAAAUGUCAUUCUCUCGAGGAGCGCUGAAAGGCACAGGCUUCGACUGUUUGAACAGUUGCGCUGCCGUACAUCUCGGAUGUCGGGCCGUCGUGAUUCAGUUCUUCGGGGACGUGUUUGUUUAGACUGCGGCUGUGAGGAUCAACAUACGCCGUGAGUCAUCGCGAGGCAGGAAGACUGACCGGUUCCUUUAUCGAGAAAACCAAUUCAUUAGCGAACAACCUUUUGUAUCGAUUUCCCUCCUGUACUGUCUGUUCUUUUCCCUUGUUGAGAUUUGUAUUUAUAUGUCUGACAAAAAAAAGCUACGAUCUGAAACCAUUUUGGAGGUCAUUGUGUUUUUAUUAAGGUCAUAAUAAAUGAUUUAAUGACUAGUGUGA